AAGCUUCAAGAUUGCUAUCAAAUUCGCAACAGAUAACUCGCGUCAGACAUAACACGACAGGGCGCGUCAGUUCUUCUUUGUUUUCCAACUUAUCCAAAAGACUAAUACAACAGAUACGAAUGAAUAUAUGGUAGAAGAAGGAAACUGAAUAACAACAAACGCAAAGAAAAUACAAUCAAGAUGGAAGGUGAUAUCGGAGAAAUGGAGCAGAACCUGGUCAAACAGGAAAACGGACUAUCGCAGCUGAUGAAAGAGAAACAAAGAUUGGAGGAAGAUUUUAAACGCGCAAAAGGAGCCGAUGCAAGUCUUAAAAAGGCAUUAAAAGACAAAGAACAUGAAAUUCUGCUUCGAGAAACAGACAUUUGCAUGAUGAAGAAGAGAAUCAAGCAGAGAAAAGAUAAGAUUUUAAUGCUCCAAUGCGAAAAGAGUAAAUUAGAAAAAGCAUCAAUCGAUACCAAAUUAGAAAAUUUGAAACUUGAGGAAAAUAUAAAAGUCAUGAAGACCAAUUUAAACAGUGUAGACGACCGACUAAAGAAAAACGAAGACGUCACAAGUCAGACUGAAGACAUUUUAGCCAAGUUGAAGGAACGCGAAGCAGAAUUGAAAGCCGAUAUAGAAAAAAUGAAGAACAAGUCGAAUUGAGAAUAUGGAUAGUAAUUAACGCAAAAACUGAGAGUGCCAAGUAUAAAUACAUCAUUCAUAUCUAUCACGUUGAAACAUAUUUUCUGUUAAUUAUAUUUCUGUCUCUUCAUAACACAUUCGCUCUGCAUCUUAGUGUGUUAAUAAAUAGUGUAGAUAACUUU